GGAGCCGGCGAGAAGCCCUCUCUCCCCAGAUGACGAGGGGCAGGAUAACAUGGAGUCCGGCAAGAUGGCGCCUCCUAAGAACGCUCCGAGAGAUGCCUUGGUGAUGGCACAAAUCCUGAAGGAUAUGGGAAUUACGGAGUAUGAACCAAGGGUUAUAAAUCAAAUGUUGGAAUUUGCUUUCCGAUAUGUGACUACAAUUCUGGAUGAUGCAAAAAUUUAUUCAAGCCAUGCUAAGAAACCUAAUGUUGAUGCAGAUGAUGUGAGACUGGCAAUCCAGUGUCGGGCUGAUCAGUCUUUUACUUCUCCUCCUCCGAGAGAUUUUUUACUCGAUAUUGCAAGGCAGAAAAAUCAAACCCCUUUACCACUGAUUAAGCCAUAUGCAGGACCCAGACUGCCACCUGACAGAUACUGCUUAACAGCUCCAAACUACAGGCUGAAGUCCUUAAUUAAAAAGGGACCGAACCAGGGAAGACUAGUACCGCGGUUAAGUGUUGGUGCUGUUAGUAGCAGACCUUCCACUCCUACUGUAGCAACCCCGCAAACAGCGUCUGUCCCAAAUAAAGCUGUACCUCCAGUGUCAGUGACAAGCCAAAGAUACACAGUGCAGAUUCCACCCUCUCAGUCCACACCUGUCAAAUCAGUUCCUACAACAACUGCAGUUCAGAAUGUUCUGAUUAAUCCUUCAAUAAUUGGGCCCAAAAAUAUUCUUAUUACCAACAUGGUUUCAUCACAGAACAUGCCCAAUGAAUCAAACCCACUGAAGAGAAAACAUGAAGAUGAUGAUGAUAAUGAUACUAUGUAGGGAGUACAAUCAAGAUGUAUUUCAGAAGUGUAAUUGGUUUGGAGCCCACUGUACUGAACUAGAAUAUUCUCUAUCUUCUCAAGUUUUAUCUUAGAAAACUUAAAUGUAGAUGUAUUUUUCCUAUUAGCUUAAACUGUUAAUUUUUUUAAAUUGUUAGGUAUCUUAGGUAACCAUACCAAUGUUUUCUCAUUAGGAUUCAAGUAAAAAAAAUGUUUCUUGGUAUUUUGAUUAAUAUUAUGAUUGUUUUCAGUUUCUACAGCCUGAUCAGUGGACUAGUCUUUUAACAGCAUAAUUUCUAAUACACAUUUAAAUACUACUUUCUCUUAUAGGGUAAAAUAGUCAUAGUUUUUUUCACCAACUUUUUUGACCAAACCUCUAAAUUUAGGAAGUAUGUUUUUGGAAAGGAUGGAUUUUGAAGGGAUUCUAUAUUCAUUUGGAAUAUUUGUUUCUUGGUGUUCCCUAACCUCCCAUGUCCUCAACCCCAUUUCUAGAUCCCAUUCAUUUUCUGUACCACCUCUUCCCCAGAGGCUUAAGUUUCUCCCAAUACUCUCAGAAGGCUAAAACCGGAGUUUUAAAAGUGUAACUCCAGAUAGUACAGUUAUACAGUUCAGUGUCAUUUUCCUAUUUUUAAAACCUGCUUUACAUGCCUUUGCUGUUUUUCUCUUUAUACCAGAGGAGUUGAGUUUUAUCCAUUGCCUUUUAUGCUGAGCUUAACUCUGCCUUUAACACGUAGUUUGGGGUCAGUUACAGUUUAUCUUAUAUUCCAAGUCUGUAAUUCUAUUUCACGUUUCUAAAGUUAACAUUUCUAAAUUUAGCAAAGAUGAUGCUAUAGCUUAAAAUCUGCCUUGAUAAGUAUAAUUACACUGGAUCUAGGCAAAAACCACUGAAGAGCAAGUUUUUUUCUUCCAUUCUACCACAUACAUAGAUGCUACGAUCACUACUGCUUGAACCCUUCUACUGGUAUAAUUCAUUUUUCUAGCUUGUUGCUGAGGAUAUCCUAUAUGAGAUGGGAGCAGAUCUGGAAGUCCUGUAAUGGUUUUCCUUCCUCUAGAAGGCCAACAACAAAAACAAGUCAAUAUAAUGUGACCUGCACUUAGGUGUACUACGCGUAGUUUCCCAGUAAUGUUGCUAAAUACCUUUCCCUAUUUUCCAUGUGUACACAUAUAAACAUCUUAGUGGGAAAGACUGCAAAGCUUUCAAAAAUAUAAACAGGCUUCUUGUUUUUAAGUAAGUUUGACAUUCAAUAUAGGAAAUUACUUUUGCAGAAUUUUCUAAAAAAUUUUUCAUAUCAUAUCAUAAUUUAGAACUUACAGCCAAGGAUCCUCAAAACUUAAAACACAAGAACGUUUCAUGCUGGAAUGGUGCUUGACACAUUGAAAGAGUCCAGUGACAGAAAACACAUGUCUCAUCACAGUUUGAGUUUUUUGGAUAGUAGAAAAAAGGUGUUAUCAAACUUACAGAAACGGAUCUGAACAUCAUAGGAGAAAAAUGUUCAUUAUAUAGCGUAGGGUAUCAUUACUUGAAUGUUCUCAGGGAAGCAGCAUGUCAAAAAGCCUAGGUUCUACUCCUGGCUCCAUCAUUUACCAACUAUGUGACCUUACUUCACCUCUGAGCCUCGUUCUCAGUAAUAGGGAAACAACACCGACCUUGCCUACCUCACAGGGAUGUUGUGAGGGUUUAAUUGGUGUAUGUGAAAAUUCCCUUCAGAACUGUAAAAUGGUUUGUAACUCUAAGAAAUUGUUAAUGUAUUUGUUCCAAGAUUAUUAAUAAAAAGUUGAACUUAC